UUGUGGUAGGGGCGGGAGGAACAAUGCAAACGGAACAGAGGGAUGGGAACUUAAGGCGGGGCGAGAGCGCCGACUGGUGAGCUGUCGUCAGUGAGGGAAGCCGGGGGAGAGUGCGCGAGUGUAGGGCAAGAAGAGAGAAAGCAGAUAGGUUCGGGAAUGUUAACCGGCGGUGCACGGGCGGGCGCUAGGACCGGGCAUCGGAAAGAUGCAGCUUUGGGGCCGCCUGUGCCUGCGCUUGCCUGGCGGUGACGCGGCAGCGGCGGAGGUCUCGGGCCGGGACGCAGCGCCGCAGGGAGAGGAGACCUGACUGCUCUCUUAGGCCUCGACUCGCCUCUCUCUGCGCGGUCCCUGGCUUCCCUUCCCUCCUCCUGCCUGGGGGUCCUGCUCCGGUCCAGGGGUGUCCAACCUCUCCUCGAGCCCCAUGGCAACUCCCCAGCCCCACCUCGCACUCUUGCGCACCCCUGCGCGCCGGGGCCGGAUGGUGCUGGCCGUGGGGAGCCCCGGCCGCUCAUUGGCUGAUGCGUGCUCGGGGCGGGGCGGGUGGGAGAUGCCCGACCUCGGCGCUGCUCUGGGUGUUUCCCGCCAUGUCGUUCGUGGAGAGCGCGAAGCGCUCCUCUCUGCUGCGCCGUCGUCGCGGUACCCCUGUCCCUUUCGCUCGGCCGAGGUUAUCCGCCUUCACUCAAGGGGACAGUUGGGGUGAAGGUGAAGUCGACGACGAGGAGGGAUACGACCAAGUAGCCCGCGACCUGCGGGCGGAAUUGUCUGCGGGGGCGUUGUCGGAGCCUCGAAAGGGCGCGCUGCUCCCGCCGGAGCCGGACGGGUCUCCGGUUCUGCCCGAUAAACGCAACGGCUUCUUCUCGGCGGAGGCGCGCGGCCAAGCCCAGGCUCGGCGGUGGCCGGUCCAGGUCCUCUCAAUUCUCUGUUCGCUGCUGUUCGCCGUCCUCCUCGCUUUCCUUCUCGCCAUCGCCUACCUGGUCGUAAAAGAGUUACAUGCUGAGAAUUUGAAGAAUGAAGAUGUAGACACGGGACUAUUAGGAUUCUGGACUCUACUUAUAAUAUCCCUAACUGCUGGGUUCUCCUGCUGCAGCUUUUCUUGGACAGUGACUUACUUUGAUUCUUUUGAGCCAGGAAUGUUUCCUCCUACUCCUCUUUCACCUGCCAGGUUCAAGAAACUUACUGGACAUUCUUUCCACAUGGGCUAUAGCAUGGCAAUUUUGAACGGCAUUGUAGCUGCUCUUACUGUUGCAUGGUGCCUCAUGUAAACCUACACUGAAACAAUAUUCUUGGCAAAGCUUAGUCAUGAGUGCUUUGUAGUACCAGGGAAGAACAUCAUUGCCUACUCAGAAGACCAAGAAACCUGCUGUUCGUUAUGUGAUUCAGAUGUCUGCCAUAUCAUCAUGGAGGACCUUAAGCACUGUUCUACAACCUAGGCACUGGGUUAUCUGAAUAUUAAGUUUCAAGUAGUUUCUUAAAAUUGUAAGAUGUUUACCUUA